GUUUAUUCGCUCUUCAGGCACAGGCCUGGCUACAGAGCUGUGCGCCGGAGGGGGGAGGCUUGCACUCCCGCUCCCACAAUGCACGACGCGCCCACCGAAGGUCGUAUGAGGAGGCGUUGCUUUCUCACGUGACGAGUGCGUCACUUCCCUAAACACGCUAGGAAACCGGUGAAACGGGAAGCUGCGCAGAUAAGAAAUUAGUCUGAGUGCAAUAGUUAACCAGCGGAAAUGGAAGAAAGGAAAAUCAAGAGGAGGAGCCCCAAAUCAUCCAGUAGUCACCCAACUCAGGUUACUAAUGCCAAGAAAAAUUCUGUGCCGGUCAGUAAAAGUACAGCUUUUUCAAAUCCUGCACCACAAGCAAAUUCACAAAGACCAAAGUUAAAAAGAGGAAUAAAAGAAAAAGCCAAACCUCCAGGAGGGGAAGGGAAAGGGGCACAGGCAGCUCCAAUACAGCACUCUUUUCUCACAGAUGUAUCAGAUGUGCAAGAGAUGGAGAGGGGACUUCUGAGCCUUCUAAAUGAUUUCCACUCUGGCAAACUUCAAGCAUUCGGAAAUGAGUGUUCCAUAGAACAGAUGGAACAUGUGCGGGGGAUGCAGGAGAAACUAGCUCGCUUGAAUUUGGAACUCUAUGGGGAGUUGGAAGAACUUCCUGAAGAUAAAAGAAAACUUGCCAGUGACUCCAAUUUGGAUAGGCUGCUAUCAGAUCUGGAAGAACUGAAUUCUUCUAUACAAAAACUUCAUUUAGCAGAUGCACAAGAUAUCCCAAAUACCUCCACCAGCUAAAAGUGUAGAUUUUUUUGAUUUAGAGACCUCUCCAAGUCAUGUCUUUAUUUUUCCAAUGGAAUCUAGAUUCUUACUCAUUUUCCACAACAAAGAAUUAAAGU